AUGGCCAUCGAUCUUGCCAGUCAAAUUCCACAAGCCAACGACCCCGGUCUUGAUACCAUAGAACAGUUAAAGGUUCAAGCUAAAAUUCAAAUGGACCGUACUACCGCGGAACUCGAUCAUUCGAGUCAAAGCCCUGCUUUGGAUACGCCUAGCAUACAUCCUGUCGAUCACUCUCUGAAUUCAGUCAACGUUGCAAAUGAUUCACAACCAUCAACCAGCGCUCCAGUGUUAAAUGAAGUGCUCGAUCAAACCAAGGCAGUAACAGAUACCAGUUUGUGUUUUCCUAUCUCAUUCAAUCUUAUCGAUCUUGAUCGACAGCUGAUUCUGUCUCGAUCGUACUUUGUAGCCUCUGAUGCGCCAGCUCUACCUAGAUCUUUACCACCUCCACACAUUGCCAAGAACACUCCCUGUCGUUUCUUUGCUAUCGGAUCCUGCAAAUAUGGCGAUGCAUGCGCAUUUUCUCAUGACCCAUCUUCUGUGGCUCAGUUACCUGCAAGCUUGAAUGGUACUAACCCGAUCGACUCUUCAACAUAUCCUGAAUUGUCACCAUCUGGUUUUUUUCGACCUCAUCCAGCUCAAAGCUACGAGGAAGCCGCAGUACACCGGUACUAUGGAUAUUGCGAUUCCGGUCCUAUGCCUUCCAACAAUCAACCUAUCUUUAAUGCACCGAUUCCUCCACCCAACAGUUUGGCCUCAGCUACGACCACGACAGGAUUGUCAGCUACUGACCCUCAAGGUUUCCAUUCUCAAUCUGCUCCCUUACCAGCGGAUCAUGAAAACUAUCAUCCUUCUGGCCCUCCAUCUUUUGGAAUGCCUUACGGAUUUUCGCCUGGUAACCCACCACCUAUGGAUUACGCGCCUGGAACUCCGGUAAAUGCCCAUUCCAAUGCCUACUACUCCUUCCCUGGUUCUAUCCCACCUCAGGGCGUCUAUGGACCCAUGCCUCCACAUGGUCCUUCAGGCUAUUACGAAGCACCUCCAAUGGGUGAUGUACCUUUCAAUGGUUACCCGAUCCCCCAUCCGGUUCCGGUAGUUCCCGAGAACUCCUCCGGCCCAGCACCACUCCCUGUCCCCCACUCGCCACAGGAUCCAGUAUACUAUCCUCAACAGAAUCCCUUCCCCUUGCCACCUAGCCACGAUGGAUUGCCAUGUCAUCCUAUGGGUGAGUAUAUUUCACACUAUCUGAUGGUAUUCAAACGUGACACUGAUGGCUUUCGUCCCUUUAUGAAAACCUCAAAAGAAAGCAACCAGCCCCCUCUGCGACCCAUGGAAGGAUACUCCCCAUCCACAGGACCUUACCCUUCUCAUCCAGCCCCUCACUCUACUAACAACUCCUACAUUGCUGGAUCUGGACCUCCCUCCGCGCUGACCAAUGCCGGUCGUUCAACUGAACCUACUCGUUUGGGCCCGCUCCCUCGAUUCCAACGUAACAACGGUAACUUCAGAAGAGGACAUGCAGGUCGUGGGGGAGGUAGUCGACCACUUCGCCCCCGUCUCUCUCCUAACACCAAUGGUAUCAACCCUGGUCCUCAUAGAUCACAACUGCACGGUCCUGUCCCUCACACCGCCCACCCAUGCUCAUCCUCAUCUGCAUCUGGUCCUAUUCGAGGUGCCAACAGUUUACCUGUUACGCCUCUCGAUGAACGCGGACCAAGAGGACCUUGCUCAUUCUUUGCUGAGAAUCGAUGUCGAUUUGGUGAUGAGUGUCUCUGGGCUCAUGUUAUGCCUAAUGGUGAUGAUGCUAAAGAGUACAGAUUGAACUAUGUCGGACCAAAUGCACCUUCCAAAGAUGGCGUGUUAGGUAGUGAAGUAGGUUUUGGUGCUAAGAUGAUACGUAAGGCCGAAUGCUUCGAUUCUCGUUCCAUCCCAGGAUACGCAUUAUGGGAAAAGAAGUACAAAACAGGACCAGCAUCGGCCAAGGAGAAGCGUGAAGGUGAUGAGCAAGUGGGACGUAAUGAAGAAAUAGGCAUCUCGCCCAAUGAAUCAAAAUCGUCUUCAUCCGAUUCGAUCAGGCAAAAGGUUGAUGAUAUAGUUCAACAACGAAGGGAAGGCAAUUUUCCUGGUCAUCAGUUUCCUCCACACAAAAACAACAGGGCUUUUCCAGCACCAUCUCGACCAUCUCAUCUCAAAUUUGUUACUGCACCGAGCCAUCGUACUCAACGAGUCCCUAAUGGUGAAGAUUUUCCAGCCUUGUUAAGAUCCAAAACUUCAACCCCUACUACCAAUGAAAAACCAGUUGGACCAGAUUGUAAAGUAGAAAGAAGAUCAAAUGAUGAUGAAACUAGUUCAAACAGUGGAGCAGGUGGAAGUGAAGUUUCAAAUUCGACUAAUGCUACUUCAACAAAAGAUUCACCUGGAUUAAAUGUACGCAAAGUACCUGUGAUCGGAGGAGCUUCAUUCGCUCUGGCCGCUGCUCGAGGUGCUUCCAUCAAUAUCAAACCAACACCACCAAAAUCAAAAUCGACACCUGUACCUGCUAAAGUUGUGGAGGUGAUCUCUACCACUUCGGUUGAAGAAGGGAUCAAGUCUCUUGAGAUCGAUUCUUCUGCUCGAGAACUCUCUGCUUCGGCUUAA